AGAGUAACUUCCUGUCUUGCGCAGAUGCGGCUGAAGAGUACUAAACAUGGCGACGGCGGCGGCACCAGCGGCAGAGAAAUCAACGAAAGAUCGGCUACUGUCCGUACUGGAUGAUUUGGAGGUUUUAUCCCGGGAGCUGAUUGAGAUGUUGGCUCUGUCCAGGAAUCAGAAACUACCCCAGUCAGGAGAGGACACACAGAUCCUGGAGCUGCUGGUGCAGAGGGACAGGGAGUUUCAGGAGCUGAUGGAAGUGGCUCAGCAGCAGGGGAAGGUUCACCAGGAGAUGCAGCUGCUGGAGAAGGAGGUGGAGAAGAGAGACAGCGACAUCCAGCAGCUCCAGAAACAGCUGAAGGAGGCCGAGCACAUCCUGGCCACUGCUGUUUAUCAGGCAAAAGAGAAACUCAAAUCCAUCGACAAAGCCAGGAAAGGAAGCAUCUCGUCAGAAGAAAUCAUCAAGUAUGCUCACAGGAUCAGCGCCAGUAACGCCGUGUGUGCUCCUCUCAACUGGGUGCCGGGUGACCCUCGGAGGCCGUACCCGACUGACCUGGAGAUGCGCAGCGGGAUGCUCGGUCACAUGGCCAACCUGCCGACCAACGGCGUGAACGGACACCUGCCAGGUGACGCUCUGGCUGCUGGACGGUUACCAGACGUCCUGACGCCUCACUACCCCUGGCAGUCCUCCGACGUCUCCGUGGGGAUGCUGCCUCCUCACCACGGCAACGACUUCGGCCUGGAGCCGCCGGGUCACAACAAGGAAAACGAGGACGAUGUGGAGGCCAUGUCGACCGACUCCUCCAGCAGCAGCAGCGACUCCGACUGAGGGAAUGGGUGUGUGUGUUCGUCUGAGUGUGUGUGUGUGUGUGUGAGAUCACCGCUGAGCAGCAGCUUCACCUUUGGUCAUUCACAAAGCUGUAAAUACAUGAGUAGGUCAAGGAAAUGUAAAGGUUCAGUCUGUUGUGGAACCUUUGCUCCAGAUACGUGUUGUGCAGAGAUACUUUCCUGCCUGAGUGUGUUUAUGUGGACGAGAUCAUCCCCGUUUUGAUCACUGGGAACAUAAUUUUAUCCCUCUCGACAUGAUAAAUACCAGUAUUCCAGUUAGUGACUCCUGCAUGCUGUAGUGUGUAACUGAAGCUGAAAUUUGACUUCUUUUGCUCUUCGGUGACUUUUGUUUGUAUGUGUGUGACUACACGUCUCGUUUUUGUCCAUCAUAGACAAGAUGCUUGUGUGAGUGGUUGUUAAACAAUAUUGACAAAUGCUGUGUAAAUAAACCUGUACAUACUCAGCCUUGUAAAUAAAUACUUUUUGAAUAGA